UCUCUCCUUCUCUCGAUCCCAAACCAGAAGCGGCGACGACCAUCUCUCCUCCAUCUCUCCUCCGGUUCCUUCUCCCCCAUCUCUCCCUCUCAUCCUCUCUCUUCUCCAUUAUCCCUCCCUGUUGAAACCAGUCCAUUCUAAUCCACCGAAGUCUACUGUUCACCAUCCUCUUCCUCGUGAAGAAUGGAACCAGAGGCGGCGGAGAACUAAUCCAAUCUCCACCUCCGGUCUCUCUCUCUCUCUCUCUCUCUCUCUCUCUCUCUUUCUUAUCCCUUCUUCUUUUUCUUCUUCUCCUUCUCCACCUCCGGUCUCUCUCUCUCUCUGUCUCUAGGGUUCUCUGUGACCAAAGAAUUCGGGUUUUAGAUCAACAGGCCAACCAUGGCAACAGCUUCAGUGGCAUUUAAAUCCAGGGAGGAUCACAGAAAACAACUAGAAUUAGAAGAAGCACGGAAAGCUGGGCUUGCACCAGCUGAAGUCGAUGAAGAUGGGAAAGAAAUUAACCCUCAUAUUCCUCAGUACAUGUCAUCUGCACCUUGGUAUCUCAAUGCAGAGAGACCGAGUUUAAAGCAUCAAAGGAAAUGGAAGUCAGAUCCAAAUUACACCAAAGCCUGGUAUGAUAGGGGUGCAAAAAUUUAUCAGGCCGAUAAAUAUAGAAAGGGUGCAUGUGAAAACUGUGGAGCAAUGACACAUGAUAAGAAGUCAUGCAUGGAAAGGCCUCGAAAGGUGGGAUCAAAAUGGACAAACAAGCACAUUGCACCUGAUGAGAAGAUAGAGACCUUUGAGUUGGACUAUGAUGGCAAACGUGACCGAUGGAAUGGGUAUGAUCCAGCAACAUAUGCUCGUGUUAUUGAGAGAUAUGAAGCUAGAGAUGAGGCGAGAAGAAAAUAUCUGAAAGAACAGCAGCUGAAAAAAUUAGAAGAGAAGAACAAUAACCAGAAUGGUGAGGGUGAAGUUAGUGAUGAGGAUGAUGAUGAAGAUACCCUGAAGGUAGAUGAAGCUAAGGUGGAUGAGAGCAAACAGAUGGACUUUGCUAAGGUUGAGAAGCGUGUGCGCACAACGGGUGGUGGGAGCACAGGAACAGUCAGGAAUUUGCGUAUUCGGGAGGACACAGCAAAGUAUCUUUUGAAUCUUGAUGUGAAUUCUGCACAUUAUGAUCCUAAAACCCGAUCCAUGCGUGAGGAUCCUCUUCCAGAUAUGGACCCGAAUGAGAAGUUCUAUGAAGGAGACAAUCAAUAUAGAGUUAGUGGGCAGGCAUUGGAGUUCAAGCAGCUUAAUAUUCAUGCAUGGGAAGCCUUUGAUAAAGGCCAGGACAUCCAUAUGCAGGCUGCUCCCUCUCAAGCUGAACUUCUUUUCAAAAAUUAUAAGAUUAUUAAGGAGAAGUUGAAGUCUGGAAUUAAGGAAACCAUUAUGGAGAAGUAUGGCAAUGCAGCUUCUGAAGAAGAGCUUCCAAGAGAGCUUCUCAUGGGGCAAACUGAGAGACAGGUUGAGUAUGAUCGUGCUGGUAGGAUCAUUAAGGGUCAGGAGACGUCCUUACCAAGAAGCAAAUAUGAAGAAGAUGUGUACAUUAAUAACCACACAAGUGUUUGGGGUUCCUGGUGGAAGGAUCACCAAUGGGGCUACAAGUGCUGCAAACAAAUGAUAAAGAACAGUUACUGUACAGGUGCAGCUGGAAUUGAAGCUGCUGAAGCUGCAACUGAUCUCAUGAAAGCUAAUAUUGCUCGUAAAGAGGACACUGAAGAGAAACCAGCAUCAACGGAGGACAAAAAUCUUGCUACAUGGGGAACUGAUGUACCGGAUGACUUGGUCCUUGACAAGAAACGACUUGCUGAGGCACUUAAGAGGGAGGAUGAAAGAAAGAAGGAAGAAAAAGAUGAAAAGAAGCGGAAAUACAAUGUGCGAUGGAAUGAUGAGGUUACUGCUGAGGAUAUGGAGGCAUACAGGAUGAAGAAGAUCCACCAUGAUGAUCCAAUGAAGGACUUCUUUCACUGAAUUUGGACUAUGUACUUUCUUCCAUCUCAAGCAUAUUUAAAUGGAGUCAUAUAUCUGUUUUCAAGGUUAUUGUCUGCUUUAAAGUGGAUCGAAGUGGUUCUCCCCCAACCUAGAGAAGUAAUGGAAUUCGGAUGAGAUGAACGCAAGGUUCCACGCCAGGCUCCAUUAUGAUUGGUGUGGAUCCCAUGUAGAACUUUAUCAUUGGUUCCACAGCCAGCCGAAUAGCCAUCGCGUUCAGCCAAACCUUGCUCGAAUUAAUGAAGUCGUAUAUCUGCUUUUGUGUAAGGUUUCUCCCACGGGGGACCUCCAUUUUAUGUGUAUAUUUUUUUUGAAACUAGGAAAUGUCAGGAGUACCGUUGGAAAUGAAUUCCUCUUUUCUGUAUUCAAUAGUGCGAUAAGAAAAAAUGGUCUUUGUGGUUUGUAUCAAGUAUCAACUGUUAUAAUGAGAAUUGAUGUGUAGAUGUGAAAUCUAAAUUUCUUCCGUUCAACCUGAUUGAUUA